UUUGGACUUGUCCAGAUGAGGAGUGUACCAAGGGGAGUCAAGGGAAGGUGGCUUGCGGCAUGUUUGUCAUCUGGCACCGCCGCGGCCGCUCAUGGUAACGUUAUCUGGUCCCAAAUGCAUUGCCUCACACUGCCUACUUGCACUUUCAAGGAGCCAAGUUAAACCAGAGUUCUCGUGGUGCAUUUCGGAAGUUGUUCGCGCUCUCAGAGUACUUGUAUGGUUCAUCCCAGCUUUAGUGCAACUCAACCAUGUUACCAUGGCAGUGUAACCAGAAGUCUUAUUCUCAGUCCGGUCUCCGCAUAUAGUUUGGCCCUUGCUGGAAUUACUGGAGGGGUUGCUCUUGGAGUUUGGGUUCUUUGGUUGGUCCGCACGUACAAACUCAAGUCAAACGUCACAUUCGAUGAAUCUUCCCCUCUCCUACGAACUGACCUCCAGAGGGAUCAUGCCACCACGUCAGACAACAAGGCAUUACUCUGUUCCAUCUGUGCAAAUCUCGAUUUCUAUCAGAUCUUCCUCAAUGGCAUCCCAGAGACGGAGGACAUCCCGCUCGACAAUCUCUCGUCCAUCUUACGAAAAUCCUAUCAAUGCAAUUUCUGCCGCCUUGUAUCCUUUCAUGUUCGCCGAACAUGGAUGUUGGACAAGUUUCCUCACGUCGAUAUCUCAGGGAUCGAAUGUAGGAUGUUCACGAAAGGUUGUGGUUGUCUUCAAUUGGCCUCUUAUCCCCCAUCCAAAUUCCGUUGCUACCGCCUCUACGUCACGAUGGAAGGUCUAGAGGACAUCUGGAAGAGAUAUCCAGCUUUCAGGAUAGCAGGUGCGCUCAACAUUCACAUUAUGCAAGAAGACGCUUUCAAGUUUGGAAGACCGACCGACCUUCAUUGUCGCAGGGUGAAAAACACUGUGGAUAUCAACAUGGUGAAGAAGUGGAUCAAACUGUGCCAUGCGAGCCACGGAGAUAUAUGUAAAAGUCUUUCAAGAAUAGGCGAACACGACAAAAGGAAACUGCCGGGGUUUGUGAGAGUGGUGGACGUAGUAUUGAUGGCCGUGGUUCCCGCGCCUUCUGGUUGUCGUUACGUCGCCCUCAGUUACAUAUGGGGAGGCAUCGGCGCAGAGUAUUGGACGACGAAGGACAAUAUAGCAGAGCGCGGCAAGCCUGGCGGGUUGAGCACGGCAAAGCUCCCUGAUACCAUCACUGAUUCGAUUCUAUUCGUUCGACAACUUGGUGAACGUUACAUAUGGAUUGAUGCUUUGUGCAUUAUUCAAGACGACUCGCAGGACAAGUUCGCUCAGAUACACGAUAUGGAUCUGGUUUACGGUCUCUCUUAUCUCACAGUAAUCGCUGCCGGUGGCACUACGGCUCGAGACCCUCUCCCAGGGUGCCGCCCACAAACUAGAACGCAACAGCAUAUCGAAGUCGUUCAAGGACUUCAUGUCUACGCGGCACCUCCAAGACUUAAGGAGGCUCUUGCUUUGUCCGCAUGGAAUACACGUUGUUGGACCUAUCAAGAAUGCGCGCUUUCCCGCCGAAGGAUCUACUUCACUGAGCACCAAGUCUACUUCGAGUGCCAGUUCGAUGUCUUGUGUGAAGAUGUCAUUGCUGAAAGCAAGUGUGACUCCACCAACUUUCUCAAGUAUUCACGGGCAGAAAACUUCCCUCAGUCAUUGGACCCCUUCGCGAGUUACAUGAUGGCCGUGAAACAGUGUGCACGGCGCAAUCUAACCGUGGAAUCGGACAUUGUUGAUGCUCUCACGGGAGUGACAAAUGCUUUAGCAAAAGCUUUUGGGCUCGGUGACCCAGACAGAGCUUUUCGCUAUGGAAUGAUGUUGACGGACCUACAUCACGCGCUUCUCUGGCAACACAAUCCACACAUACCUCGUACUCGUCGUUCGCUUCCUGAUGGAUGCAGUUUACCCUGGCCUUCUUGGGCAUGGGCUACGUGGUGUGGUGCUGUUGACUACAUGUCGGAGCAUCGGUAUUUGUUGACCUAUCCUGAGGAUGCAUGGCUCGUGGACUACUUCGCCAAGCCUUCGGUGGUAGAAAUGUUUGUUGAUCCAUGGUACAUCGUGGACCAUAGUGGCAUUAUACUGCAGCUUGAUGUACGCAGGGGUUCUCGACGGGUCGUUUUGAUUCGCGAGACAGAGGGAGAGGGAUCCACAUAUUCUUCUCCGGGAGGGAUUAUAGACCCAACGGAGAUAACCCCAGACAUUCAUCGAGUGCUCGACCCAGGCACUCUCAUUUUCCGCACGACUUCUAGCCACUUUGCCAUUGCGCGGCGACGUGGUGAAGAAUCCCAUCCAUCUAUUCAUCACGGUCUUUUCGACAUUCUCUCCGCCUCCUCCCCUCCCACUUGGGUAGGCACUGCCGUCCUCCCAUUGGACGUUGCCCUGCCGACUUCCCUCGAAUUCAUCGUCCUUUCCCGUACCGGUAUACUCGGCGCGUACGACAAAGAGAGGAUUGAGUAUUACCAAGAAUGCCUGCUACAUGUGAUGGCGGUUAGUCAGAAUGGGAAUUUGAUGGAACGUGUUGGAUUGGGCGUCAUUCAUGAAACAGCCUGGAUUGCUUCUGGAGCGGAAGAGAAGAUAGUGUUUCUUCGAUAACGUUGGCGGUGAUGAUAGUUGUUUGAAUGAAAAAAUUUCACAUUCAUUGUUCUUCGGGAGGCCCCGGCUUGUCGUAUA